AUGGAUGUGCGUGGAACCAACUUCCCUGUGUGGAUCUGGGGAGGCGAGACCGGUUUCUACGGAUUCCCAUGCUUCGGGAAACCGACUAUUAAUCCUACUAGCCACUUGAAGGGUUAUUCUGCAGAACUCAGCAUCCGUGGCCCAGAUAUAUCUUCCUUGCUCGUGGAAGAAGAUGCAGGGAUUUCAUACAAGAAUGUAGACGGGACCACCCAGGAGCUAGAGAUUAUUCUAGCUAAUGCGGGUAUCAACUCUGUGCGCCAGCGGGUGCGGGUGAAUCCCAGUGACGGGUCUUGCGAUCUCGACUAUAAUGUCGAGCUCGCAAAGAGGAUGCAGGCGCAGAGGAUGACGACGUAUUUGGAUUUGCAUUUGAGUGAUACACUACGCCUCCGUUGGUUUACCACAGACAUUGACACCCUAACCUGGCAACUCUACAACUACACCUUGGAAGUAUGCAGCACCUUCGCGGAGAACGACACGGUGGCGAUUGUAUCCAUCAACAACGGGCUUCUCUGGCCACUGGGCGAGACAAGCCGCUACCAGGAACCUGCACUCAACCUAUGGGAAGGAUGUACUUGUCGUGGAGAUGAAGUGGCCAUACUCCUGCCCGGACACGGAGCAUGCGUCCCCGUCCGGGUUGACGAGCAUCCCGUUCUCUGUCGCUGGGCAGCAGACAUUCUUGGAUGA